GACGUUACUAAUGAAAAACUUAAAUCACCCGGAUCGUCACCAUGGUGGUCAACUGCUGUUAACCUUUCUUAUCUUAAAAAUGCCGCAUCUAAACUUGGAGAUCAAUGGAAAGAUAAAUAUGACAAAGCUCGUGACUAUCUUUCGAAGGAAAUAGGAGAUGCUGACGCUGAAAAAGAACUUUUGGAUAUCACAGAUAAUUAUGUAGUCGACAAUUGCGCUAAAAAAGUCAUUAAGGACAAAAAGAGGGCUGGUAUUGUACAUAUCCAAACAUCAACAACUCCCGAUAAAUGUGAAGAUGUUGUAUCUAAACAAAAAGAUGACGGAUCCUUCGAGUUAAGUGAUACUAUUUGUAAAGAAUUAGAAGUCCCUACAGAAGAAAAGGAAGUUGUAACUGCAGUCAAAUCUUGUACUCCUAAUGAAAAAUUACAAUCACCUGAGUCCGAUCCAUGGUGGAAAACAGCACUUACUAUAAGUUUCCUUAAGGUGGCCGCGCCUCAUCAUAAAAAUCAAUGGGAAGAUAAACAUGAUAAAGCUCGCGAUUAUUUAUCUAAACAAAUUGGAGAUGCUGAUACUGAAAAAGAAUUAUUAGAUUGCACUAAUAAAUAUGUGGUCGAUAAAGCACACGACAAAGCUGUUAAAAAUAACAUUCCAGUAGAUGUUAUUUACGUUACUAAACUUGAUUUUGAUGAUGUCACUGUUCGAAAAGUUCAUGAAGGUUUACGUGAAUGUUUACCUUCCGCUGAUGUCGAUAUACCUAGUAUAAUUUGCGAUUCUCAGCAAGAAGACGGUUCCUUUAAACUAAGUCCUUUUAUAACUGACCAUCUCAAGACAGAACCAGAUGACGUUGUUGAAUCCCAUAAACGGUUCGUUGGUAGUCCCCGACUAAGAGGAUGUGAUGAUUCUGUUUGGAACACAGCUUUUACGAUCCAUUAUCUUAAGAACAUGUUACCAGAUCAUGAAAAUAAAUGGUGUGAUGCCUGUGAUCGCGCUAGUAAAUGGUUAUCUGAACAGAUCAAUGACAAGAACUUGGAGAAGGAAAUGUUUUCUGCAUGUAAACAACACUUAAUUAAACAAGGAAGUCGUGUCCUUUAUGCAACUAAACGAAAAAAUAGAGAAAGUUUUAAGGUUAUGAAGCUUAAUGUUGACGACGAUACACGUAAAGCAGUUUUUGAUCAUUUACGCUCUAAAGGCACAGAAGAUCUUGCUCGUUCACUUUGUUCUGCGCAGGAAAGCAAUGGCACAUUUUCACCACAAACAUUAACCACAUUACAUCCAUUAAUUCCUUCACCGAAAAGUGCAGUUGAAUCUCUUAAAUUUUUUGUUAGUAGACCAAAACUUAGAAAUGAUGUUGAUUCAAUUUGGCAUACAGCCUUUACGAUUUAUUACCUUAAAAAUGUUUUGAUUGAUCAUGAAGAUGAAUGGCGAAAUUCAUGUGAACGUGCCAGCGCCUGGAUAAGUGAACAGAUUGAUGAUGCUGAAUUAGAAAAGGAAUUAUACUCAGCUUGUGAUCAAUAUUUGAUUCAACAAGGUGUUGAUUUAAUUAACAAAGAAGGUGGAAUUACAGAAGAGACUCAAGAAGAGGUUGAUGUUAUUGUACUUCAAGUUAGCGACGAAACACGUAAAGUCGUUCAUAAGAGUCUUCGUGAUGAUGUCACAGACGAAGUCGCUCGUACAAUUUGUAACUCACAAGAGAAAGAUGGUUCAUUCACCUUGCAUAAACAAAUUUCUGACCAUCUCAAAAUCCAUUCAAUCGAUAACGCUGUUGAAUCACUCAAACGUUAUGUAGGAAGCUUGCACUUGAGAGGUUGUGAUUCACCUUUAUGGUGUACAGCUCUUACAGUAACAUAUCUAAAAACCGUGUUGCCUGACUGUGAGAAAGAGUGGAAACCUGCCUGUGAACGUGCAGCAACGUGGAUUAGUCAAAAAUGUAAAAACCCUGAAGAGGAAAAAGAAUUAUACGCAGCAUGUGACCAAUUCUUAAUUAAACAAGGUAUCGAAGUCCUUAAUGAAAAAAAUAGACAACAACCACGUCGUUCUAAAAGACGAUCAGUAGUUAAAGGAGAUUCUAUUCAAGUUGUUACAAUUUCAGCAGAUGAUGAAACUCGCAAAGCAGUGUAUGACUUCCUUCGUUCUCAAACUACCUCAGGGCAUCCUCGUACACUUAUAGCUUCUCAGAAAAAUGAUGGAUCAUUCCCGCUUCAUGAUUUAGUUUCUGAACAUCUUCAGAUUCCAGUAGCUCAUAUUAAUGAACCUAUUAAACGUUACGUUAGUAGCCCAGCUCUAAGAGGGUGUGAUACCUCCGUUUGGAAUACAGCAUUUACAAUUACAUACAUAAAAAUCGUGUUAGAUAAAUAUGAAACAGAGUGGCAAUCAGCAUGUCAACCCGCUUUAGGAUGGGUAUCCGAAAAGAUAAAGGAUAACGAAUUAGAAAAAGAAUUAUUUGCAGCAUGCGAACAAUACUUGUUUGAAUUAGGCUUUGACCUUCUUAAUAAAUCCAAAGAAACAACUAGAUCUGUCGAUGUUCCACCCACUCGUUACGGAUCUGAUGGUGGAAUUCUUUCACCAAAUAAUGCGUAUCUCAAUUCAGAAUUAAUUGUUGUUGGAGCCGCAUGCACAGCUAACCGCAAACUCAAACAGAGUUAUUCUGAAACCGAGAGACCGGCUAAAGAGAAGGCGCGAGAAGAAAUUUCAGUAUUUGCAGAACAAGAAGUCGACAGAUUAUUUGCUAAUAAUAUCACACAUAGCAAUAAGGAAGACGUGUUGCAACGUGCUAAACGAGCUGCUCGCUUCUUGAUUGAUCAAUAUUAUGAGGAAGGCGGUUGUUCUUAA